CCUCGGUCAUAGACAGGAAGUAGUUUGGAGCGAGGGAAAGACAGCGAAUGUUCCUGUCAAACAUGUGGAAACGAAUAUUAAAUUGGAUAUGUACGCUCAUCUGAGAUUGUUUUAAUUUAUUCAGCAAAUCGACAACUGCAGAAAUGACAAGCAUAUUCAAGUGAUCUUCCUGGGUCGGCACGGAGAACCACUCCCGAAACACCGACGAGAGUUUGUUCGGUUGAAUACGGCUAUCUACAUCAUAUCUUCACGCUGAAUCUUUGGGAAAUGGCGUACACAACGCUGAACAGAGCUCAAUUGAGCUUUGAUUAUCUGCAUACUAAUUCAACAACCCAUGAGUUCUUGUUUGGAGCAUUGGCAGAAUUGCUGGAUAAUGCCAGAGAUGCGGAUGCAACAAAAAUCAAUAUCUAUACAGUCAGGGACAAGGAGCUGCGAGGAGGCUUUAUGAUGUGUUUCCUUGACGACGGAGAAGGCAUGGACCCAAAUGAGACAGCUGAUAUUGUCACCUUUGGUAAAUCUGCCAAGAAGUCCAUUGAUCUGAACCAAAUUGGAAUGUAUGGCAAUGGUCUGAAAUCAGGCUCAAUGAGAAUCGGUAAUGAUCUGAUUUUGUUCACGAAGAAGGGAAUGACAAUGUCUUGUCUGUUUCUGUCAAGAACUUUCCACGAGGAAGAACACAUUGAUGAGGUGAUUGUUCCUCUACCAGCAUUCGAGGCCUCAACAAGACGACCACUGACAAAAGGUGCUAGGGCUGCAGAGAAGCAUGAAGUGGAGAUGGGGCUCAUAUACAAGUAUUCACCAUUUCGGUCAGAAGAGGAGUUUUUUGCUCAGUUUGACAAAAUUGAGGGUAACUCUGGGACACUUGUGGUUGUGUACAAUCUUAAGCUGCUGGACAGUGGAGAUCCAGAGCUGGACAUUAAUUCAGACCCUGAGGACAUUCUACUUGCUAAUCCAGAGUCAGACUUUGACCCAGAUGCAGAUCUCGUGCCAGAAAGGAAGUCAUUCAGAGACUAUACUGCCAUUUUGUAUGUGGACCCAAGGAUGAGGAUAUAUAUUAAUGGCAAAAAAGUGCGGACUAAGAGACUCUCGUGUUGUCUAUACAAACCUAGGUUUUACAAAUAUUCUUCUAAUCGAUUCAAAGCACGAUCAGAACACGAAGCCAAGCGAGCGAUGGAUGAAGCAACUUCCGCAGAAAACAAAGCUCGGGAAGCUGAAAGCAAAUCAAAAAAUUUAGAAAACAAAGUAGGUUCCUCAAUAUCAAGGGAUCAAAGGGCGGACCUACGUAAGGCUCAAACCUUUGCAGCAGAAUGCAGAAGAGAAGCACAGAUUAAACGUCAGAUAGCCGACAGAAAGAGCAAAGCUCUAAAAGACCCCAAAACAUUGAACUUUAUUUUUGGAAUGAACUUGGAGAACCGGGUCCAUGAUGGUGUGUUUGUCUACAACUGUAGCAGAUUGAUCAAAAUGUAUGAAAAGGUUGGACCACAGGCGGAGGGAGGAGUGAAUUGCAGUGGAGUUGUAGGUAUUGUUGAUGUCCCGUACCUGGUGCUAGAGCCCACUCACAACAAGCAGGACUUUGCUGAUUCCAAGGAGUUCCGGCAUCUCAUGAAGGCUAUGGGGGAGCACAUGUCCCAAUACUGGAAGGAUGUGGGCAUCGUUCAACAGGGAGUCACCAAGUUUUGGGAGAACUUUGGUUACAUAUCACCCAUCUGGACAGACCGACCAUCAGAUGAUGUGAAAUAUGUGAGGAAACGAGCCAUGCAGAUAAAUGUGACGCUCCAGUGUGACAUGUGUUUAAAGUGGCGGACACUUCCGUUCUCCUCCAACAACAUCGGAAAGGAGUUCCCUGACAACUGGGUGUGCAACAUGAACACAGAGCAACAGCAUAAUAAGUGUUCAUCAGCAGAACAGAAGAUGAAUAUUCCAGAGGGAAUCCUAAAGAAGGAGGUGAAGACUCAGGAACAAAAGAAGAAGGACUUGGAAGAAGAAAUCCGCAAGAAGCAAGACAUGUUGGAAAAAAUGCAGAGAAACAAAGUAAUCAAGUCAUCAAAAGAGCUGCAGGAGCUACAGAGAAUGAGAGAAGAAGAGAAACUGAAGGAGAAGGAGCGAGAGAUACGGGAGAAGGAAAGACAGAGGGAGGAAGCUGAGAGACAGAAGCAGAAGGAGGCAAAGGAGAGAGAGAAACAGCGAGAGAAGGAGGCACGGCAGCGAGAGAGGGAGCGACUAAUUAGGGAACGAGAGGAGAGGGAAGCUGAGGCAAGGGAGAGGGAAAAGGAGCGAGAGAAGGCAAAGAAGACUGUCUCUAGAGGCCCAUCAAGAACAGCCACAGUGAGGACGCCGGAACCAGCUCGAAAAUCAAACCAUGCUGCUGCAGCCAAGAACAGAGCCACGGUCGCCAAGGUGUCACCCAAACCUAGUCCAAGGACCACCCCCAAGCCCAGUCCCAAGACUGCUGUCAAGUCCAAGGUAAAUGACCUGAAGUCUCCAACACCCAAGGCGGAAGCUAUCAAGAGGAGGGCAUCGUCAGCUUCAUCUACAGCAGAGUCCGAUACUGAGUCACGGAGAAGUCGAAACUCACAGUCACGUGACUCUGACUCAGAAACGGCCCCAGCCAAACGAACGAAAACCCACACAGUAGAUUCCGACUCUGAAACUCCAGUACCAAAGAAACAACCUAAACCAGGAAUAUUUUCACCAUCAAAACCAGAGGAUUUUGAAGAGAAUGAAGCCGAUGCAACAGGUGUGUCCAAUGCCUUGGGAAUGGAUGUUGAUGACGUCACAGAGAGUGUGUGUAUAAAAGAUGCUGAUAGUAAUGGUGAAAUAGGUCAGAGAGUAGAAGCAUAUGUAAAUAAUAAAUGGUACCCUGGAGUGGUUGUCAAGGUCAAUGCAGCAGAGGCCAAAUGGAAAGUCAAGUUUGACAACAACCAGAAGGAUAAAUAUGAUAAAUGGUUUGAAAAAGGGGGUUCAGACAUCAGAACGUCAAAGCCGGGUCAGACUGGUGACACAUCAACCACUGGUCCCCCCUCUCCUGCAUCCAUCUCAUCGCAUGAUACAGCUACAGAGGCACCAACAUCAUCGACGGCCACCCCUGCCAUCACGUCGUCUCAGUCCAGCCAGAUCACCGAUGAAAUAGCUAAUGGUUACAGGACGUGUCUUCGAUAUUUCCUCCCUCCACAGUGGAUAAUGGACAAGGAGACGAUAUCAGCCAUGUCACUGCCGGAACUGGCUGGCUUUCCUCUAGAUGACUUCUUUGACCACUAUGAGAAGGGCCUGAGAAGGCUUGUCAGCAACUUCCAGACAGAGGCGUCGGUACGGAAACAGGAGGCAGAGGAAUCCCAGCAGAAACUUUCAUCUGUCCGAAAACUCAUCGCUAAACUUUUAAAAUCAAUAAAUGAUGAAUUCGACAUCGACCCUGACUCAGAUGGUGACCAGGUGGACGAACUACUGGCAGCGUGUGUUCGCCAGGCUAUGCAGGGAUCACAGUCGUAGUCUUCGCACUGCAGUUAUCUCCCCUUGAUACAAGCUCCUGGUGACUGUAUCACUAAAUGACCACAUACCAAACUUGUCAGUUCAUGAAAGUGAACCGAUUAGACUUCAAGCGAAACCAUAGUCUUCAGUGGCUUUGUAGCCUUUGUAAUUGGACUCUGUUAACUGUACUGAUCAGCAUCACCCAGAUUUCUGUACAGUUCAUAUUUGCUGAUGCUUUUGUUAUAUGUUGUUUUUGUUUUUUUCAACUUUCUUUUUAAAAGUUCAGUUCUGUAGAAGGGGGGUCAUAUAACUGAGAAUACACUUGGUGAAUUUCUGAAUUGCUUUGCUGACUAACCUUUCAUCAAACCGAGUACAUCACUUGAAAAGCCUUUAAACAAAAUGAGUGCAAGGUUACGUUAGUUUCUAACAUUUGUUGAAUUUGAUAGUGCAGUUGCUUCCCUUAUGUUUUCGAGUCACAUUAACUUUAACGUUCUCUUGUUGCAGUGUUCCUAUGAUAAGAAGUGUUAGAGCUGGACUGGCUAUCAAUAUAGAUCAUAGAGCUUGAUAAUUGAUAUAUAUCAGAGAAGGAAUUUUGAGCAAAAUUGACCAAAAGAAAGAAAUCACCAUAUCACUGGUGAGUGGUGACAUAAUUAUGCAUGGAUUACAAAACAGCAUCCUGAACAUAAUAUGGAAGCAGCCCAUAAAUAUAAACCUAACUUUCUGUAUUGUUUGAGUAAAUUGAAACGUUUUAUCAUCACAAAAGUUAAGCAAGAUAUUACAGAUGAAUCAAUGACAUACAUUUUGCAUUGAAAAUUAAUAAUUUUUCGCAUCUACAAUAUUUCCGAUUAUCCGUCUUUUCAGCCUGCUCUGGUUUGAUUAGAAAGUUUAUUUCAGUUUGUAGGCCAUCGGCCCAUGUACAUUAAGAUAAUUUAACAACCUGAAAAUCAAGGGGAGAUAACUCUGUAUUUUUGGCUUGUAAGUCAGGCCAGUUAGUUCUAGCUAAUGUUGCUAGUGCUGUUCUGUGUUCACGUGUGUUAUUGCCAUCUUGUACAGAUUCAUGUGUGAAGCAUCAUCCGUUUGUCAUUGUGUACAAAGUCGCAGCCAUUGUAUUCUAAUAUCAGAUCAUUUCAGUACAACAUUCUUAUCAAAGAAAUAUAUUCAUUUAAUAGUAAAUAUUAUGUUAUUAUAGAAAUGCUAACCAACUUUUAAACAUGUUUUUGUUUUGAAGUUCAUGCAUGUACACAUGAGGUGUACGUUUGUGUUGAUAGUGCAAUUAUCGAAAUGAAAUAAUCUUAAUUUUAGAAACCCUGGUUUCUAGUUGUUCCUUGUCAUAUAUGUAUGUCAUAAUGCCAAUGGCCAAUACUCGAGCCUGUCCUUACUAAUUUACAACAAGAAAGCCAUUACACCUGUUUUUUAUUUUUGUUUUGAGAAAAUACUUCAGUACUUUGUUCACUGGCUGUCAGCUAUAUUAAAAUUACAAUAUUAUGGAAAGAUCAUCAAUAUUAAUGUCAUAAAUACAUUAAAUAUAUAAACUACUGUACAAAAUUUCGAGUAUUAGUAUUUUUGUAUAAAUAAGACCACAUAUUACUUUCAAUUAAGCCUUCAAAUGAGGAGUAAUUUCAACACAUGAUUUAUACAAAAUUAGGAGAUCAAGAAAGUGGACAUAAUCCACGUUUUAGCCAUUAUGCUAGGAGUUCACAUUCUUGUGUAACACCUUACCACAUCAUAGAUGGUAAUAGAAUCAUGAUUGGGUCGUAACUUAGCAUGAUUUGGGAACAGGAGGAAUAAGUACAUGUUGUAGUCAUGGUUGUUAACAAAAUAGAUAUACAAAUAAAUUCCAUCAUGCCCUUGACAUUUUAUGUUUAGCCAAAAAAGGUAAAUAUUAAAGUAGAAAUGUUUAAUAUUUUAUAAAGAUCUUUUAUUUCCUGAAAUGACUUUUUAUUUCUUGAAAAUUAGUUCUCACUUGAGUGAGUUUUGUCAUUAAUCACUUUGUUGAGUUUAUGCUGCUUUUAGAAACUGAUACUGUGUACAUACACAUUUUAAGAACAUACCUGUUGUCAUUUUGUGAUUCAUAAUAUUUUAAGAUUUUAAGAAUGCAUCACGGAACAAUUCUAGAUGUUGUAACUGUAUAUAAAUCUGGAUUCUAUUGUCAGUGUUAACUGUCUGGAUAGUAUAUAUAUAUAUAUGUUUUGUGCUGUUAAAUGUCUACACCAGUGUUCAUGUCAACCAAUGGAAACCAAGUAGAGGUAUGGUUUGAUUAUCUGGGUUCCAGGUAUAGUGAUAAAGGUCAUGUUCCAUGCUGUGUGA